GUAGUUGUAAACACAAUGAUAAAUAUAAUUGUUUCGCAGAUUACGACGUUACCAUAUCUCGAUAUGGUUAUUUCGGAAACCUUUCGUAAAUAUCCACUUUUAGCAUUUUUGGAUCGAAUUGCCCUUACCGAUUACAAAGUGCCUAAUUCCGAUCUGGUGAUAGAGAAAGGUACCCCAAUAUACGUUUCGAUGAUGGGUUUACACUACGAUCCGCGAUACUUUCCAAAUCCAGAAAAAUACGAUCCACUCGGAUUCACCGAGGAAGCCAAAAAUACCAGGCGAAAUUUCAUCUACCUUUCCUUUGGUGACUUCUCACGAAUGUGGCAGAAAAUUUAUGCGUUCCAGUACCGGUUUGUAUCUUUCAACUUUCUGUUGGCUGUCACUUUUAAUUUUACUCACGAUAAUUUCUCUCUUUUAUUCUUCGUUUCAGGUAUGCCAUUGGGACUUAUGCAAUCCAAACUUGGAGUUGUACAAAUAUUGAAGGACCACGAAGUUUCGCCUUGUGAAAAAACCAAAAUUCCAAUAGUUCUAGAUCCCUACGCACUCACCAUGACAGCUUUAGGAGGAAUGUAUCUCAACAUUCGAAAGACUGCCACUACUGCUGGUUAAACGAAGCUAAAGAUUUACGAAUCGCGUCAUGCAUUCCAAUUUUCUGCUUUGCUUGUGAUAAUUUCGAUAUAAUUUACUACUGAAUCGGUGAAGUUGAACAAAGGACUGUUCAA